AUGGCGGAUGCCGACAAUUCUACCAAAGUACCGCUACUAAAGAUCUGUCAUUGCAUUACCGAUCUUUUUUUCGAUAUGAGUUCUUCAGCUCCCUCUCGGAAGCCUCCUUCACAACCUCCUGAUCCUUCCUCAACAAUCCCAGGAGUCUCUUGGGCUCGUGUUGUGGGCUCUUCUUCUCGGACUUCCGCUUUCGAUCUUCCUUUGCACCUUCAAAAGCCGCACUUUGACAAACUGAAAAUCUCAACCCACAGUUGUAUUUCCAUUGAUCGUGAUCAAUGGCUGACGGCCAGGGACAAAAUGCAUUCUGCUCUCUAUGCCAAAUUCUUGGGAAAGUCCUUGCCUUUAGAUCAAGCGAAACAUGCACUUGCUGACGCCUGGAAGGGUCUUGGUGAAUUUUCUAUCACCGAUCUUCCUAAUGGCUUUUACUUCAUUCGCUGUGAAUCUAUUGAAAUGCAAUCAAAACUCCUCUGGGAUGGGCCUUGGACCAUCGACGGCAGAAUCUUGCAACUCUCGGAAUGGCGUGAAUCAUUCCAACCUGCCUUUGAAAAACUUUCAACGUCAGCUGUUUGGUUACAACUUCACGUCCCCAUAGAGCUCUGGCAUGGUGAUCUGUUGGAGAGCAUUGCCUCUCACUUUGGAAAAGUUCUGAAAAUUGAUGAACAUACUCUGAACUUGUCUCGAUCCAAGUAUGCCCGGAUUUGUAUUGAAUUGGACCUCGACCUUCCUCUCCAAAAAGGAACCUGGGUUAAGUAUGGCGACAAUUCUAUUUUCAUUCUUGCGCUAUAUGAAAAACUUCCUGUCUUUUGUUACAGUUGCGGUCGCAUUGGUCAUGGGGAAUCAAACUACCCUCUCGUCAGCAGCCGGAGAGCGAACUCUGCUCCUCAGCCACCCACCGGCUCCACGGAGCGGGUGAUGGAGGUAGAUGAGCCCCCUCGAUCUCCUGGCGUGGCUAACGAACAGAGGAUGGACUCUUUGGUUCCCAACGAACCUAAUCUGAAUCCUAUUCCUGGGACUGAUGAUGAUUCUUCGGCUUUUUGA